GUCUCCGACGCAACGGAAAGAUUUUUGGUAAAAUAUCUUAUUCCCUAGGUCCAUCAAUUACGUUCGAACGAAACAAGUGGCUCGGUUUUCGGCCGCCCUCGUAUAUUUCUGUCAAAAUAAAUAAGUGUAUCCCUGGUCGGUGGCUUAUUAAUUGUUGAAAUGGCCCCUUCGUCGUCGUCCCGCGGAAUCUCCCUUCUAGUUGGCAAAAGUUGUGUUGUCCUACAAAGCAAUCUUUCGGAAUGGCGCUGUGCCAGCCGUGUCAAUGUCAGGAGAACACUUUCACACGCACCCUGCUCCAGGAUAUUUUCACUUAUUGGCCUUGUAAUACAAGUUUGCGAUUUACCCACUCCGUCUAUCACUCAAGUGCAAAAUAAAUAAACAAAGGUAGAGAAAUGUAUAACUAAACAAACUACAUAAAUGUGAAUAACACGCGGACAUUAAAAAACAACAAUACCCUAAAUUUAUUAUUGUUUACUUUGCUUUAUUAAAAAAGACUGACGAACAAACUUUAACCCGUCGACGUUCGUUAUUAAGUAGGCCCUACCUCUAGAACUCUUGAACCCUCUUAGCGGCUUAAAAAAUCUCAUUAAACAGUGAAAAUGAAUUUUAAACUCUCAUUACGCUCUGCUUUAGAGCUUUGAAAUAAUCUGCAAGCGCGCAGAGACGACGCUAACGAUAGGGCAACAUAACUGAUUAAAAACAAACUUUCCCCUUUACACCAUUACGAAAAGCGACCUUUGCAAUAUACGGCGACGGCCGCAAAGGCGGCUAAACUCCGAUCCAAGCACAUCAAGCAGUCUGGUGUGGAGCGUCGAAUCGAAACCACGUAUUUGCCCUCGCUCUUAAUUCCGGGGAAGAAGACACGAAGUUUAAGUGCUAGCUGGCCACUGGUAGUGUUCAUUAAAAGUGUAUUGUGUAUUAUAGUGCGCGGCGGUUUUACAAAUGGAAACAGCGUUGUGGCGCGAGCCUUGUUCAAAAUGAGCGGAGGCCGACAGGAGCGGUGAUGGCAUGGACUGGGCAACGGGCAAUGACAGCGCGGCCGUCGGCAACUCGACGGAGCCGAUUCCGCCCGAUCUCUACAAUUACUGGGCGUGGAGCAUCGUGGACGGUGCGCUAAUGGUGCUCAUCAUCAGUGGCAACACGCUCACCGUCUUGGCUGUCACUACGAGCCGUCGCCUGUCGUCGCUCGUGUCCAACCAGUUCGUGCUGAACCUUGCCGUGUCGGACCUCAUGGUGGGCCUCACGCUCCCCUACCACCUCGUCUUUUAUCUCAACGACGACUUCGGCAAGAUCAAGUGGUCCUGCCUGAUGCGCUUCAUCCUGAUAAUACUCGCCUGCCUCGCUUCAAUUUACAACAUCAUAGCUAUCGCCGUGGACAGGUACAUAGCCAUAGUGCACCCGUUGCACUACAGCCGCUACAUGACCAAGGCUGUGACGCGCCUACUCAUGAGCACGACAUGGUCCGUGGCGGUAUGCAUCAGCUGCGUGCCCGUCUUCUGGAACGACUGGGCAGAUGGCGUUGCGUGCGAAAUGAACGUGGUGGUGCCGAAGACGUACACGACGAGCAUCCUGACGCCAAUGUUCUCGCUAAUAUGGAUUGCGAUGUUCGUGCUGUACUGGCGAAUCUGGCGCGAGGCCGCCUGCCACGCGCGUCGCCUGCGCGCGAACGCGUGCUGUCCCGGCGCCGCCAACGACUGGAAGAGCAUACAGGUGGUGCUGCUCGUGUUGGGAUCGUUCUCCGUGUGCUGGAUGCCGUUCGUGGUCGUAGCGUGCGCGCAGACGCUGCCCGCGGUGCGUCUGCACAGCCCGGUCGCGUACCGGCUGACCUCGUCGCUGGCCAUGUCGAACUCGGGUGUCAAUCCUCUCAUCUACGCGUGGAAGAACGCGGGCUUCAGAGCGGCCUUCGCCAGGCUGCUCAGGUGCAGACGGCCCGACGCAUCGGAGUACCGAGGGUCCCCGGCGGCCGAGAGGAAGAGGGGCUCCGUGGCGCUUCGCGAAGGCUCCGUUAACGUUUCGACGCCGCCGGCGAGCCGAGCCGGCCGAAGGGCGCGCCUGCUACUGCCGGUCGGAGACGCCGUCGCGACCCGUUGCCGCGUCAUCGAAAACGCGGGUUACGUGGACGGCGAGAGCUGCGAGCCCGCGCCCGUGCACGGGCCUGCGGAGCUCUAGUGCUCGAGUGAGGAACAAUGUGGGAAACGCGAAACGCUUCUAACUCAUAGUGCGCUCGGUCGCGCUAGGUGCCGACCCGUUAUUUGAGCUCAAUUUUCAAAAUUUAAUAGAUUUUCUUCGAGAUUAAUGAAUCGCGGAAGAGUUUUGUUAAUAUUAGAAUAUUUAUUAUAAGAUUAAUGAAAGAAUAAAGUGAUGACUUAGA